UGAUGUAGCAACUGAUAAUUUAAACUCUUUUGAAAUAUAAUGAAAUAUUUGAUGCAAUACAGUAAGUAUUCCAAUUACAUAAUUACAAUUGCAAUGAUUAGAAGAACCUAUUGAGCAAAUAUUUGGAAUCGAAUUAAAAAAAUUAAACAUGUAUAUAUGUAACACUAAAUGAAAAUUCUGAUUUCUUUGGAAUAAAUGAAAGGUUCAUCAAAUUAUAAAAAUCCAUUAAUUCGAACAUAGAAAGUCUUUUUGAUUUCAAUACAAGUAAAACAUAAAUAUUGAUUAAUUAGCUUAAUUUCAAAAAUAUGUUUCAACUGAGAUCUCUAAAAUUGAUAUCGAUUUCAGCAAUAAGAUUGUACAUGUCCAGGAUGAUAUCAAUUAAUUUAAAACCAAUGUUGAUGCCACUUAUUAGACUAUUUUGAAUGCAAAAUAAUAAUCAAAAUUUUAAGCUUUAACCAAUGAAAAAAUUAACGAGGAGAUGGAUUAUAUUAAACAUAAAUAUGCUUUAAAAUAGAAUUUGGAUGAUAAUUUUGUAAUAUUUCACAUAUAUAAAUAGACUGAAAUCAGAGAUUGCAUUUCUAAUGUAUCUUAAAGCAUAAGCUAUUUAAGAAAUGAUGUAUAACUGUUGUUUAAAAAUACAAAAGAAAUGAAAAGCCAAACUUUGCAGGAUACUGCAUAAUUUAAUGAACGAUUGCAAAGUCUUGUGAGAGAAGUUUAACAAAUUGAUGAAUGCUAUCUUUAAUUAGCAUCUUUGUCAAAAAGAAUAGAAAUUUGUAAAGCAGGUACAUAUUAGUUAGUAAAUCGAAGAUGUCCAUUAAACAUAAGAAAAAUUCAAAACCUUAGCAAAUAUGUACUAAGAACUUGAAAUCAACAAUUCAAAGGCAGUUAAAUUUGAAGUGCACUCAGCUGUAAAAAAAUUUGAUGAAGACUCCUUAAGAAUAGGCCUGAUUUAGGAAAGAUAAAGUGGUUAAUUAGAAUAAGCGUUUAUUAACUUGUAAAAUAUUAUUGAAUAGAAUGUUGGAAUAAAAUCCAAUUAGCAAUCUAUUUAAGAACAGUUUAAUUUAGAAAUUAAAUCUCUUCAGAAAUAGAUAUCUCGGUAAUAAAAGUAUAUUGAAUAAUUAAAAGAAAAGUAAAUAUUUUGAAAUCAUUAAUUCUAGUAUCUCCAAAACCAACUAAAAUUCAGCUGAUCUGCCAUUACAAAUGAAAGGGCUGAGUUCUUAAUUACAAUAUUAAUGGAAAUAUCUUAAUUAGUGCUUCAACCUAACAAAAGAUUCUUUAGACAUAAUAUAAGAUUUUUGUGAAACGCUCUAAGUUCCAUCUAUUAAUUAAGAAAAGGAUCUCACAAAUUUAAUAUUGCUAUUGGACAGGAGACAAAAUGAAUUAAAAAGGAAUCUACAUUAAACCCCAACACAAUCAUCAAAUUUUCAAUCUAGAACAUUGAUGAGACUUCAAACCCCCAAAAAUUCACAGCCUUAUGAUACUCCUGCUAGAAUACACUCUCUAUAAUAAAGAAAAUGUAUUUAUAGUAAAAAUGGAAGUUAAACAAUAAGUGUCGACUCAAAAAGAGAAACAUUAAAUUAAAAUUGA